AUGGCGGAGCAAGAGGACGUGUUGCGGUCACUGCUGGACACGGCCGUGCUGCGUCCUUCGCACCUGGUCUUCAUCCAGUCUUACCAGCACGAAGUUGUCACCAAAUGCAAGGCCGGUGAGCUGCCACUCAAGCGCUUGGCGAGCCAAGUUCUAGCCGAGACUUACCGCUGUCAGUACCGCAGCUCCGAGCGACAUUUGCGCGCGCUGCUGUCUGAGGCUUGCAAGGAGCUGCCGACCUUCCCGGAAAUUUUCAGUCACGUACUGCGUGCUAAGACGUCGGCGCUGGUAGCUUCCUUCGCUAGUGCACGCGUGAUUGCGCUGCGGCUAUCGUGUGUCGUGCUCGACGCGGCGUUGUCUGCUGAUACUAAAGCGGACGCCGCUUGGCUCAACGAGCUGCUAUCAGCACAAAGUCGCCUAUUGGAGUCCACUAUUGGAGACAAAGAGCGCAGCCAGAAGCAGGCACGCAAGGCGCUGCUCAAGCUGCUUAGUAAGCAUGGUCAGACGCUGUUGCAGAGCUAUGUGGACAUGAUUUCCGCCGCUGAACCCGAGGAGCAGCACUACCAGCUGUGGCUUGUACUAAGUUUGAGUGAUCUACUGAACAAGGAGGCCCAGACGUUGCUGUGGAACAAGUACGUGUUCUGGGCUUUCGAGAGCAAGAAACGUACGUUUGCACCGCUGGAAAAGAGCGAUGCGAGGUUUAAGAACUUGAGUUACAAGCAAUUCGAGGAGAUUAUCAUGCCAUCUAUGGCUAAGAUGCUCAAGAAGGCCCCCGACACGGUGAUUGAAGCUGUGGGAGCGUUCGUUCACGCCGCACCGCUGGACUUUGGACGCUACUUGACUGACGUCUUUCAAUCCGUGCUGGUCUCCAAGCUACGAGCGCCCAAGGAUGAUGUGCGCGCUCUUGCAGUUGCACUAGGUGGAGCACUAGCUUACUCGCUCCGACAAAGCGAGUACAUGAAGGAGUUCGUGACUGUGAUGAGCGCCUUGCUGGACGGUAAGCACGGUAUCCUCGCCCAGUUCUACCAGCGUGAAGUUGCUUUCGCUGUAUUGAAGGACGCAGCUGAAGUCGCUACAGUGCAGUUGGCUGCUUCGGAGGUGCAGGAAAUUGCGUCCAUUGCUAUUGCCUCUCUACUCAAGGCCGUGGGCAAGGAGGCUCAUGAACCAACGCGUCAUCUUGGACUUUUAACGCUUGGCAAGUGGCUUGCGCUUGCUGGUACGGACGAAUUCGAGGCUGCUACGGUGACUUCAUUGAAAACAGGGCUCAAGAACAAGCCUGAGCCUGUUGUCGCUGGAUACCUCCGCACAUUGGCAGUGCUUUGCCGUUCUAGAGCCACUGCCGUCGCACCAUUUGCUGACGAAGUUGUAGCUGUGAUCAAGGACUCGAACAAGAAGCCGAAUGUUGCGCGUCUCGAUGGUGUGCUGGCUGUUGCCGUGGCUGGUGCGAUUGCGUCUGCUAGCAGCGAGUUGGACGCUCGUAUGGCUCAAGAAGGAGUAGCUGAUCUGCUGCUGAGCUCUACAUCCUUCGUGGGAAACAGCGUUCGCGCGCUGUUGAGCAGUGAAGCGAGCACACCACGCCAGGCUACUGCACCAGAGUCUCCAGAGGUUUCGGCUUUGGCUGCACUUUCCCGUGCUCUCGUGUGGGUCUUAGCAUCGCAGCAAUCAGAUGCCAGUGAGGCGUAUUCUCUUUUGGUGGAGCUGCUGUGUUCGUCAAGUCUAACGGUGCGCCAGAGUGCGGAGCAUGCUGUGGAGACGAUGUAUCUGUCAUCUCUGGAGCACUGCGCUGGCCUGGUAGCUGCGUUCGAGAAGAAGAUUGACGCCCUCUCCGCUCAAGAGGAGACCAGUGUUCCACCUGCAAGUGGACUUCGUCGUGCUCUGCGCGUUCUUGUUCCGACUGCUAUCAGUAAAGCUGACGACACGAAGGUACAGGUAUUCCCUUUUGUUCUUUUCCUUGCACACCACCCAUUCCUGGUUGCAGGCAGGAAGGCAGAGGCGUUUUCAUGUGAGUGGCAGUCCAUCCGUCGGCGUUUCUUAUCUGCCAAUGCUGCUUCUGCCGAUACUGAAGACGACGAGGACGAGCCUCCCAGCGACGCCAGUCUUGUGGACAAUUUCAUCGAGGAGCACGAGGAAGUGAAGACAGCAGUCGUUGAACUAUUGGCCAAUGCUUCCACAGGCAAGCUAUACUCUAUGAGUCUUCUGCAGCGCUUAGCCGCUCAGCGCUCACUGGCAACUCUGCUCGAUUUCGCUGGCAACGGAGAGGGCGAGGAUCUUGCUUUGCAUGACAUUAUUGAGGACCUGCUGGCUAAACGUCUGGACGAUGAAAAGAUUGAUGCUCUCAGCGAGGAGGAUGUUGCUGUCUGCCAGACGCCGUUUGACGAGCUGUACGAGCCUAAUAAGGAAGGAGAGGAGGAAGAAGCCACUACCCGCAGUAAGCGUGGUGGUCGUCGCGGCAACGAGGAUGAACAGUGGGAACAGGAACUGCGUGAAGAACUCGAGCGCAAGAAACGUGCGGAGCAGGGAGCUCAAAAGAAGGUGUACACGUCGGAGCAGAAGGCUCAGCUGGAGCAGCAACAACAACUGCGCCAAAAAGUCCGAGAGACGCACCGCGUAGUGUCUACUGUGCUUGAAGCCGUCAACAUGCUGGCUGUCGCUCGUCCCGAUGAAGUGCACCCUACUCUACCGUACCUCCUUCGCUCUGUACGUGUGCUUUUCACGUGUCCCCUGUUCGAAUCUGAAGCUUCCAGUGCUCUGAUGGCCUUAACUAAGGCCAUCAACCCGAAGUCGCUUCGCUUGAACUACCAAGACGUGGCUAGUGCCCUGCGUGUCGCAUUGGAGCUGGGCCAACUCACGUCUGACAAGGCUAAGGCUGCCCACAUUGCGGAAGUAGAGGGACUGUUCUUGCGUCUUCUCGCAGAGUUUAUGGAGUAUGUAUUCGGCUUCCAGUUCGAGACCGAGACGGACUUUGACGCUGAUGCUCCCUGCAACUUGAUCCCACCACCGACGCUGCAUCUGCUCUUCCCUGUGUUGCGUGACUUGCUUCGCUUUGCGCCAGACCUGCGUCGUUGGGCGCUACCUCUGUUUGCUGUUCACGCACGUAUGAUUCCGGACGAAGAGGAGGAAGAAGUUGGCGAUGUUGCAGCUCAGCGUCUGCUGCGUCGUGAUAUGCUGCAGCUAACUCUGCUGUUGUUGUCCCAGCAGGCAACGGGCAACGCGCUGCCUAUUACCAACCCGGAUUUGGCCCCGGGUAAGCUGCUAACUUCUCUGUGCUUGGGACCGGAGUUGACUGCGACUGAAUGGGCCCCUUUGCUUGGUGAUGAUGGUCUUCUCUCUGAGGAGGCGAGUGCUCGUGGUGAAGUGCUGACUGCUCUUCUCAACGUUGUUGAGAGCGAGGAAGGCGGCGAGGAGUUCCGUAGUGCUAAGCCGAGCUCCCUCUUGAUUAGUCGACUGUACUGCUGCCGCUUUGACUCAGAGGAGGAGAACCGUACUCUUGCUAACCAGAUCUGGGAUGCCACUGGCGCUACCGUCUCGGCACUGUACGCUGGCCCGCUGCUCGUCCUGCUGAACCACACACACACUAGUGUGCGUGAAAGCGCAUCUCUUGCUCUUGCUGAUGGCAUGCGUCAGUUCCCCAAAUCGGUCACGCCAUUGCUGAAUAACCUCAAGACCCAGUUCUUGAACAGUCAACCGAAGCAGAUGGAGCGCAAGGACGAGUUCGGCAUUCCUACAGUUCGUCGUCCUGGUGCGCAAACUGCAGAACUGGACGAAGAUGUUCGCACCAUGUGUCCUCGUCUUGGUGUCGCUGUGUGCUUAGAGAAGGCUGCGGAAGUUGCUGGACCUGAGGCCAUGUCUAGUGAAAACACUAUGGCGCUGCUGACGUUUGUUAUGGAGCACGGUCUGGGAGAUCCGAACUCGAAGGUGCGCGCGCAAAUGCGUAAAACUGGUGUGCAGGCUGUGGCUUCGUUGGGUGGCGGCGCGAAUACGGCGCCGCUGCUGGAGAUGUUCGAACGCUUCCUCGAGACCACGGCUCCGCCUGCGGCUGCUACAGCUAAGAGCAGCGGCGGAAAGAAGGCGAAGAUUGGAACCCACCUUGCUGCUCAGGAAGAGGAUAUGCUCCAGCAGAGCAAGCAAGCGCUAUCCAUCUACGAUCACCAGCGUGAAGGUGUCGUGGUCUGCUUGGGCUCCUUGGCCAAGCACAUGGCUCCGACGGAUCCUAAGGUGUCCUCCAUUGUGGACUCGCUGAUUGAAGCCCUUGAGAUUCCGUCUGAGUCCGUACAGCGUUCGGUGGCUAUGUGUUUGUCACCGCUUAUGAGAACUGUCAAGGACCGCAGCACGAGCAUCUUGGAUGAUCUGCUGAAGCGCGCGACUGAAGGCGAAACUUUCGGUGAACGUAUGGGGGCUGCCUACGGUGUUUCGGCUGUGGUCAAGGGACUUGGUAUCUCUGCUCUCAAAAUCCACAGCAUCAUCCCGCGUCUUGAAGAAUCGAUGAAGACUGGUGGCGCCAAUGCUCGUCAAGGUGCUAUGCUUGUGUUUGAGUGCUUGAGUCAGCGUCUUGGGCUAUUGUUCGAGCCGUACAUCAUUGUGAUCUUGCCUGUUAUGCUCAAGUGCUCGGCCGACGCUAGUCCGCAAGUGCGUGAGGCUGCCAGUCACACUGCUAAGGGUAUCAUGGCGAACUUGUCGGCGCACGGUGUGAAGUUAGUGUUGCCGUCGCUGCUGGGAGCACUGGAAGAAAGUGCUUGGCGUACGAAGCAGUCUGGUAUUCAGAUCCUGGGCUCGAUGGCGUACUGUGCUCCGCGACAGCUAGGCUCCUGUCUGCCUCAGGUGGUCCCCAAGCUGAUGGCAGCUCUGACUGACUCGCACCCAAAGGUCCGCGAAGCUGGUAAGAGCGCCCUGCGUGAUGUAGGUUCUGUGGUGCGCAAUCCUGAGAUUGCUACCAUCUCGAAGGUGUUGUUGGAUGCUCUUGAGGACCCUAACCGAUACACGGCCGAAGCUCUGCAGCAGCUGCAGUCGACGUCGUUCCAGCACUCGAUUGACGCGCCGUCGCUUGCUCUAGUGAUGCCAAUCAUCACCCGUGGCCUGAAGGACCGUGCUGGUGACGCCAAGAAGAAGGCUGCUCUUAUUGUGGGCAGUAUGUGUAGCAUGAUCAACGAUGCGAAGGACCUGGUGCCUUACAUGGAGACAGUCCUGCCCAGCCUGAAGACUCAGCUUGUGGACCCCAUUCCAGAGGUGCGUGCGGUGGCCGCCAAGGCUCUGGGUAAGCUGGUCAAGGGUCUUGGUGAGCGUCACUUCACUGAUAUGCUGACGUGGCUCCUCGAGGCCAUGAAGGACGACGAAGUUGGCCCCGUCGAACGCUCGGGUGCUGCACAAGGUCUGUGUGAAGUCGUGGUUGCCCUGGGUGUUGAGCGUGUGGAGCGCGUCAUGCGUGACGACAUCCUGCCGCUUGCUCGUCACCCGAAGUACUCUGUGCGUGAAGGUGUGCUUUGGGUUAUGGCAUUCCUGCCGCCUGCUCUUGGUAAGCAGUUCUCUAUGUUCCUUCGCGAAGCACUGCCUAUCGUGGUGGCAGGACUCAGCGACGAAGCCGAGUCGGUGCGUGAUGUUGCCAUGCACUCUGGUCACGUCGUGGUGAACGCACACGCUCUAUCGCAUACCCGCGACUUGUUGCCGAGUCUGGAGGCUGGUCUAUUUGAUGAUAGCUGGCGUAUCCGUCAGAGUUCGGUCAUGCUGCUGGGUGAUCUGAUGUACCGCAUCAGCGGCACCCGUGCAGUUGCUGUCGUCAGCGAAGACAACGACGAUGACGACGACGAGACUUCGGGCAGCGCUGCAGGCGACCGUGCCAUCAUCAAGCUGCUUGGUAUUCAGCGUCGCAAUGCGAUCUUGGCGUCGCUGUACAUGAUCCGUUCGGACACGUCUGCUGUGGUGCGCCAGAGCGCUUUGCAGGUCUGGAAGAGUGUGGUCGCCAACACACCCAAGACGCUGCGCCAGAUCCUGGAGGCUCUGAUGAACGCCAUUGUGUCUGCGCUUUCGGGAGACAACAUGGAGAAGCAGACCAUGGCUGGCCGUACGCUUGGUGAAAUUGUGCGAAAGUUGGGCGAGCAUGUGCUGCCCGAAGUGGUGCCUAUUCUGCGUGCUGGUUUGUCGCCAUCCCUUCCUACUGGUCGUCGACAGGGUGCUUGUAUCGGUCUGGCUGAAGUGAUCGAUUGCUGCACGAAGAAACAGAUCGAGGAUUACGUGGAUACGCUCGUUGAUGCCGUUUUGGACGGUGUCUGCGAUGAACUUGCAGAGGUUCGUGCCUCUGCUGCUCAUGCAUUCAACGUGCUGCACAAGGGCAUCGGCUACCGUGCUAUCGAUGAGACUGUCCCGAUGGUGUUAGAGCGUAUUCGCUCUUCCCCUUCCGCAGAGGAGCAGGUGCGAGCUCUGCUUGGACUGCAAGAGAUUCUGCGUGUCAAGUCGCGCGAAGUGCUUCCAUAUCUGAUUCCACGUCUAUUGGUUACGCCCGUGACGGCAUCGGCAGCACGUGCGGUGUCUCGUGUGGCUCAGGCUACGGGUGCCGUUAUCCACUUUCAAGUGGAAAAGAUCUUCGCUACCUUCUUCUCGCAGUAUGAAAUCAAGCGUUCGUUGCGUGAUGUGGUGCUUGGAGUGGAAGCACCAGGCGUCCAUUGGCUAGCCAUCGAGAUUUGCAAAUACUGCGAAAGCGAGAACGCACUCGACCGUGCUUUGGCGUUCGAACUUGUAGCCGAGUUCUGCUCGCACGCGACUGUGCCGUACGACGACCAGGCGCCGCUGUUCCUUAAGCAGAUUGUGUUGCACUUGAACGACCAGACCGACGCGGUGGUUCGUGCAGCUUCUGCGGCGCUCAAGGGUAUGAAUGUGACGAUCAAACCGGAGCAGUUUGCGCAGCACUUGGACUUCAUCCGCCAGUCUAUCAACUCGAUGGUCAGCGAUGCGCGUCAUCGCAAGGGUGGAGUGGGCGACGGCGAGUACUUGCUGCCGGGUCUCUGCAUUCCGAAGGGCCUUGAGCCGUUCUUGCCUAGCUACCAGUGGGCUCUGAUGAAUGGAUCUCUAGAGCUACGUCAGAGUGCGGCUGCUGGUCUGGGAGAGCUUGUGGAGUUGAGUAGCGCGCCUGCUCUCCGUCCGUACUUGAUCAAGCUCACAGGUCCGCUCAUUCGUAUUGCUGGUGACCGUUUCCCGGGUCACGUGAAGGCUGCUAUCCUGCAGACUCUGGAGAUCAUCCUGACGAAGGGUGGAGUGGCACUCAAGCCCUUCUUGCCUCAGCUGCAGACUACAUUCGUCAAGGCUUUGAACGACACUGCCUUGGACGUGCGUGCUCAUGGUGCAUCGGCAUUGAGUCUGCUUGUUACGUUGAGUCCCCGUGUGGAGCCUCUUCUUGCAGAGCUUACGGAACGCUUGCGCACCACGAGUGGCGGUGUGCGUGAGGCCAACCUCGAGGCUGUUGCGUCUGUGGUGGACCGUGUGGGUGACAAGUUGUCGGCUGCAGGUCGCAGUACUUUGGAGAGUGCGCUCGAGGAGAUGCUUGAGUCAAGUGAAGAUGCUCUUCGUGACGGUGCUAGCAAGUGUCUGGCUUGCUGUGUGGCGUCGACUGCGAACAAUGGCGACUUGGAGACAGCCCAGAAGCAGCUGCUCGACUACAGUUUGGCUAAUAUGUCUGCAGAUGACCUACAGGCUCAGCCGUGGCAGCGUCGCCAGAGUGCUGCUCUGUUUACUGCUUUGGUGCUGCACAAACAUUCGGCUUUGCUGAGUGCAGACGUCACAGCUCCAUUGACAACAAUGCUAGUUGCGCUGGCACAGGACGAACAGACUGCGGUGCGUAACCAUGCACUUACUGCUAUUGGUGCGGUGGUGAAGCGCCAGGAGCACGUGGACAAUGUUACCGCUUUGGUGCCGGUGUUGGUGGAGGGUGUGGCGCACAAGAACAAGGACGUGAUUCGUGGUGCUUUGCGCGUCGUGAAGCUGGCUGGGAAGCGCUCACCAGAGCAGACGCGUCAGCAUUUGACAGCGCUUGUGCCCGCUGUCUUCCAGCUUAUUAAGAGCAACAACAUGGCGGUGAAGCUGCCUGCUGAACGGACACUGCUGUACCUGCUCGAGGUGCACUCGCGUCCUGAGACGCAGGCGGAGUAUCUACGCAGUGGGUCUGCCGACGCCAAGAUCAUUGGCGAGUACACUCGUCGUGUGUUGAGCAAGCUGAAGGCCGACAGCGGUGAUGAAAGCGACUAA